AGCUCAAAUCAUUACACCUCAGUGUCUCAUCCAUACAAACACUACACUAGAAGCUUUUUUUGACUGGGAAAAUGGCUAGAGUCUUAUCUCUGUUCACUUUUCUUUUCCUUGGAUUUCUUGGCUUAAUUUCUUUUCCAGCUGAGGCUGCCAUAAAGAAGUACCAAUUUGAUAUUCAAGUGAAGAAUGUGAGCAGGUUGUGCCAUGCAAAACCCAUAGUAACUGUUAAUGGGAGGUUCCCAGGGCCUACCAUUUAUGUUAGAGAGGGAGACAGAGUUCUUGUCAAUGUGACAAACCAUGCACAAUAUAACAUGUCAAUUCACUGGCAUGGAUUAAAACAAUACCGAAAUGGUUGGGCUGAUGGGCCUGCUUACAUUACACAGUGCCCAAUUCAGACUGGGAGUAGCUACACUUACGACUUCAAUGUAACAGGACAAAGGGGAACAUUAUGGUGGCAUGCACAUAUUCUUUGGCUAAGGGCUACAGUCUAUGGUGCAAUUGUGAUCAUGCCAAAACAAGGAACUCCGUUUCCUUUCCCACAGCCAAACAGGGAGGUUGAAAUUCUGCUAGGAGAAUGGUGGCAUUCUGAUGUGGAAGAGGUUGUCAAGGAAGGCACAAACAUGGGCUUGCCACCAAAUAUGUCAGAUGCGCACACAAUCAAUGGAAAGCCAGGGCCGCUCUUUCCAUGCGCUGAAAAACAUACUUUUGUAAUGGAGGUUGAAUUGGGCAAAACGUACUUGCUGAGGAUCAUCAACUCUGCCCUCAAUGAUGAGCUUUUCUUUGCUAUUGCUGGUCACAACAUGACAGUAGUGGAGGUUGAUGCAGUUUACACAAAACCAUUCACCACUAGUGCAAUACUCAUUGCACCUGGCCAGACCACAAAUGUCCUGGUCCAAGCUAACCAAAUUCCUGGCAGAUACUUCAUGGCCACUAGGCCUUUCAUGGAUGCUCCGCUUUCCAUAGAUAACAGAACCGCCACUGCAAUACUUCAAUACAAAGGCAUUCCAAACACUGUCCUCCCUACCCUUCCUCAGUUGCCUUUAUCCAAUGACACACAAUUUGCUCUAAGCUACAACAAGAAGCUGAGGAGCUUAAACUCACCAAAAUAUCCUGCCAAUGUUCCUCUCAAAGUUGAUAGAAACCUCUUUUACACCAUUGGUUUUGGAAAGAAUUCUUGCCCAACAUGCCUCAAUGGAACCAAACUUCUUGCUUCCUUGAAUAAUAUCUCUUUCGCAAUGCCUCAAACUGCACUUCUCCAAGCUCACUUCUUCAACAUUAAAGGAGUAUAUCGAGCUGAUUUUCCUGACAAGCCUCCAACUCCUUUCAACUAUACCGGUGCACCACUUAAAGCUAAUCUUGGCACUGCCACAGGCACAAGGGUUAGUAAGAUUGCAUUUAAUUCUACAGUUGAGCUGGUACUACAAGACACCAAUCUUCUAACAGUUGAGUCACAUCCAUUCCAUCUCCAUGGCUAUAACUUCUUUGUUGUUGGGACGGGAAUUGGGAAUUUUGAUCCUGCCAAAGACCCAGCUAAGUAUAACUUGGUUGAUCCUAUGGAGAGAAAUACAGUUGGAGUUCCCACUGGUGGUUGGACUGCUAUUCGGUUCAAAGCUGAUAAUCCAGGUGUUUGGUUUAUGCAUUGUCAUUUGGAGCUCCACACUGGUUGGGGCUUGAAAACGGCAUUUGUGGUAGAAGACGGCCCGGGACAAGAUCAAUCCGUUCUGCCUCCGCCCAAGGAUCUUCCACCAUGCUAGCUGCUAUAA